AUCAAACAAAUGAAAACGUCAAAGUGGUCAAAUCCACAUCCGCUCAUACGGGUUUUGCAGAAUUUCUUAUCGCAAAAAAUAUUUAUGACAUUAUCAAAUCAUGUAUUAAAUAGUUACUAUGAUUAGUCACAUAAAAACGCCAAAUGCCAACCUUAUUUUUACAAUAUGAAUUUAAAAUAGCGCGUACUGAGAAACGGAAAUUCACAUUGAUUUCCUGGUAUUGUUUUGCGAAACAAUGGAGGAACCCGAGAAGCCGUUCGCCUGCGUGAUGCAGGGCUGCGGUAUGACAUUCACGAACGAGGAUCAUCUGCACGUGCACACGAAAAAACACGACAUGGUUCUUCAAUUGGGUAUGGAGCAAAAGGCAGCGUUCGUAGCGGACCAGACACCCACACCAACCCGCUUCAUCCGCAACUGUGAGGAGGUGGGGCUGUUCCAGGACUUGCAGAAUGUCAACCCGUUUGAUGAAGGCUUUAAGCAGGCCAUGGAGACUAAAGCUGGUAGGUUAUCCCUGGAGGGCUCGGAUGUGGACACCCUCCACACCCCGCACACCCUGCACACCCCACAGAUGUUUCCCCUGGACGGGGACGCUGCUCUCUACACCAAUAACCAGAGGAACAUCACUAUAAGCAGAUCAUCCAGUGAUGAAUCAGGCGCCGUUAAAGAAUACGAGACAACCACAAUUUCCAAACUGACCAACGAGGUGACCACAAUCAGCAGGAUCGUCGGAAAGCAGGACAUCGUCGACAAAGUCACUACCACCGACGACGUCGCCAUAGUCAGACACGAAGAUGCUCAUAAAGAAAUCAAUGAAACAGUCUCAUACACUAAUAAUGUUAUCAAAAUACAUAGCAAUGUAGAAAUAAGAAAAGAUGGCAUCAUUGAAUCCAAAAAUAUACCAAGAACUUUAAUAUACACCGAUUCAGUUAUAAAAGAUGCACAUGUCACUAAAGAUGUUUUGUUAACAGAUAAACCUGAGAAAGCUCCGCCUAUAAUGAGUCAGAAAUCGCUAGAUUUUGUAGUUGAUAGUUUAGAAGAACAUAAUGAUAAAGAAGACAGACAAAUUAUCAAAAUGCUUAAAAGGAACUAUCAGAAUGCUUUAAAUAAUAAAGAUAAAAAUGACUUAGAUGAUUUUGAAAUUAUAAUUAAAAAGCCAGAUGGUAGGCAAGUUAGGAUGAAACCUGUAGAAGAUGAUAAGGCUAAAAUACAAAAUGAAACUAAAGAGAGACUAAAAAGAGUUUUAUCAGACAAAGCAGAGAAGAAAUCUAGUGAAACUAAAAUGGAUACACCAGUAGUGCAAAAUAUAUUACCAAUAUCUACACUGCCUGGGACGUUAGUGCCAGUUACUAUAGUAAAUCCUAAUACUAUACUAAUAACAAAUAGUUUACAAAAGAUACCAAUAGUACCUUUGAAUGUGAAUAAAGUGAGCGGUAAUUUUAAGAAGACGGUGAAGAGAAGGAAUAGUAAGGAGAAGGGGGAUGGUGUGGUGGAUGGGAAAGAGGAAGCGGAAAAGAAGAAGAUGUUGGAGCCUCGGACAGCUGCUUCUAGAAGAUACAGAGAAAAACAGAAAGUCUUAAUGAACUGGCAGGCAGAAGAAAAUCGCCUUCUGAAAGAAACAAACCACAAGCUGGUAGCGGAGAACGCUGCCCUCAAACUCCUCAUCACCGAGCAUCUGAAGAAGUGCUCUAACCCCGAGGACCUGAAAUUAUCACAAGCAGAGCAUCACACGAAUAGAUGAUAAAAUCAUCAGGAAAUAAUUAAUUUAUGCAUUAUAUUUUGAAUUUUAUAGAUUAUAAGUUAUUGUGACCUUAUUGUACAAAUUGUCAUUAUGAUGUGGACCUUGUUGUAUGGAGAAUAAGGCUCAUAUUUAUAAGGAUUGUUUGUUGUAAAACUAACUCAAAAACAGUGAUGCUUUUUUAAUAUUUUUUAUUUGAUACAUUCCAAAAUCCAUUGUUAAUUAUUUCAUAAACCUGUAUAGAAUUUAAUUUGUUAUUUUUUUUUUUAAAGACAAGUCAAAUUUUAAGGUUAGAAUUUGAAAAUAUAUUUCAAACCAGAGAAUAUGUUGCGAAAUGCAAAUGGAUGUAUUUUUAUUUUUGUAAUUAUGUAAACAAUUAGGUACAAAGUGUUUUGUUUUUAAAGGUGACAUGAAAUCUACAGUAUAAUUAAUUUUUUUUUUUUUUGAUCAUGACAAUAUUACAAAUUAUAAUAUUUAUAAUGAAUAAGAAUUGAACAGA